GCCAAGUCAAGUUUUAGCGGUUUUCUCCGAGCGUCCGCAGCGUGUGUUGAUCGCAUUGUAUGCGUUGUGGAGGUUGACGCCGUAGUUUAUUGUGCAGCCGCAACGCGUAGCUUGUGCAUUCAACGCGUAGCUUGUUCACCCACUGCCGCCGUAGUCUUCGUUCGUCCCACGUUUGAGCUACUUUACGCCUACUACUAAACUUUUUCACGGGAUCGUCGAAGUUGGAACUACCGCUUCUACAACCACCAUGUCUCUUUUGCAGAAACCUAAGAGUGAAAUGACUCCGGAGGAGUUGGCGAAAAGAGAAGAGGAAGAAUUCAACACCGGACCCCUUUCGGUGUUGACUCAGUCUGUAAAGAACAACACUCAAGUGCUCAUUAAUUGCAGAAACAACAAGAAGCUCUUAGGUCGAGUGAAAGCCUUUGACAGGCACUGCAACAUGGUGCUGGAGAAUGUCAAGGAGAUGUGGACGGAGAUUCCGAAGACGGGAAAGUCCAAGAAGAACAACCCCGUGAACAAGGACCGAUACAUCUCCAAAAUGUUCCUCCGGGGGGACUCCGUCAUCCUGGUCCUGAAGAACCCACUGGCUGCCGCCAAAUCGUGAAUAAACAGAAGAGUGCUGUGUAU